CCACCUAGAGUGAGUGGCUGUGACAUAGAUUUCUCUUGAAUUCAUAAACAGCCUUCACUUUUACUGGUAACAUCUAGUUCCUGGAUACUAAGCGGGGUCCUACUAGGUCUUGCCAGGUCACCAAAUACCAGUUUAAUCAAGGAAGGAGGAAAGAAAAAGAACAGUAAAUAGAGAAUGAUAAGUACUAAGAAUGAUUGCAGAAACGUCAUUUGAGGUGCUUGUGCCAAAGAAACAGGCCUGGGGCCUCUUAGUACUCAUACUGGGGUCCACAAGAGGCCAUGGCCUCGCACUCUGAAACACGGUACCCCUGCCAGGUUUUUCUUCCUUGUCAUUAGGGGUCCCAGACAUCUCGCUUGAUGCAGGGUGUCUCCAACACAAGCAGGAACUGAUCAAGGCAGAAACUGAUACUGAAGCCAUGGAGGGGUGCUGCUUACUGGCUUGCUCAGCCUGCUCUCUUACAGAACUCAGGACCAAGGCCCAGGGAUGGCACCACUCACAAUGGGCUAGGCUCUCCCCCAUCAACCACUAAAUAAGAAAUGCCCUACAACCGGAUCUUAUGGAGGCGUUUUCUCAGUUGAGGCGUUCUCCUUUCAAGUUGACAUAAAGCUGACCAGGACACUUCCCCACCCUUCUCCCCACUGGAUGAGUGGAGCUGCCCUGCACUGGGCAAAUGAGGACAUUCCUGACCACUCCCGCCCUGGGUUUGGCUCCUGCUCUCAUGGCAGACACUGAAAAUCACAGGCUAUGAGAAUUGGAGCCCAGUUUGUCCCAAACCGAUUUUAGAUCUCUGCACCAUCUCUAGGGUAUACUCUAGGAUGCUCAUCUCUAGGGCCAGCCAGUGCUCCAGCUAAGGCUGAGAGAGAUAGCACACACUAGGGGUGGUAGAGCAGCCCCUCAGGGACGAGAUUUGGAGCCAUGUCAGAGCCUGGCAGUCUCUGAUUAUGACAUACCCUCCGCUCGCAGGCCUUGCCCAGGCAACUGCAAUCACCAACCACAGCAUCCUUUGGGUUUGACCUACUGAGCACAUGACCCUCAAUUAGUCCUGGCAGCAUCCCCUGCCCCUCCUGCUUACAUCAGGGGCUCAGGCAGUGGAUAUAAAUGGUACUGGAGGUUGAAGGGUGCAGAACAGACAAGUCCCAUAUAGCAACUCGGUGCAGACCUAGUAGUCACCAUGAGGACCCUCUCUCUGCUCACUCUGCUGGCCCUGGCUACAUUCUGUCUCUCUGACCUAGCAGAUGCAAAGCCCAGCGACUCUGAGUCUGACAAAGCCUUUGUGUCCAAGCAGGAGGGCAGUGAGGUGGCAAGCAGACCCCGGCGCUACCUUGGAGCCCCAGCACCCGCCCCAGACCCCCUGGAGCCCUCCAGGGAGGUGUGUGAGCUCGACCCCAACUGUGACGAGCUAGCAGACCAGAUCGGCUUUCAGGAAGCCUACAAGCGCACCUAUGGUACCACUGCUUAGGGCAUGUGUUGCCCUAGAGCCAAGCAGCAGCCUCAGCUUUGGCGACUCUCCAGGACUCGACCCUCCCUGUUCCCUCUCUCUGCCCUGCACGUAUGGAUGGCACAGCUGCUCCAAAAUAAAGUCCAGAUGAGGAA